GGCGACGCUCGUGGGGAAGUAGAAGAAGAAGAAGGAGAAAAACAAGAAGAAGAAGAAGAAGAAGAAGAAGAAGAAGAAGAAGCAGCCUCAUCACAACUCUCCAGUUACAAACGGAGUUUCUGACCUGGAGACGCAUCGUUGGCUGAAAUGUGGACGAGUAUAUUUUUGCGCCGCGCCCUGCAGAGGAGCACCUCUGCGAUGGCGUGCCGGCCCCUGAGGGUUUGGCGUAAACCAGGACGGGCUGCAAGUCCGCGACCCACCUGCCUGACUUCGCUGCAGCUCCGCGGGCAGCAGACCCUGAGCUCCGCCUCCCUCCCCGGGGCCGGACACUCGGUGAGGAGCGUCCGCGCUCUGCGCGAGGAGCGCAUGGUGGAGGUGGAGUGGAAGGACGGAGGCCACAGCCUGUACCCGUUCACCUGGCUGAGAGACAACUGCCCGUGUCCGCUGUGCACCCUGGACUCUGCUCAGGCCCGGAAGCUGUUGAUGUUGGAACUCGACGUCCACAUAGGGGUCGACGCCGUGGAGGUCACCGAUGACAACAAGGUGUCCGUCUCGUGGCCCGACCGGCACGCCAGCGUGUUUCACGCCAAGUGGCUGAAGAAACGCUGCUUCUCCGCUUCCGCCAGGCGAGCGUUGAAAGAAGAGCUUUUCCUCAACGAGCGCUCCCACUGGGACUCCACGCUGCGCAUCCCCGCCGCCGACUACCACGACGUGCUGCGCGACGACAAGGCGGCGCUGGACUGGCUCUCGGCGCUGCGCCGCGUGGGCGUCGUCCACCUGAAGGGGGCGGCGGCGGAGCCGGGCGUCGUGGCCAGGCUCGCCGAGAGGAUCGGCUACCUCCGGCUAACGUUCUACGGGCCCACGUGGCAGGUCCAGGACAAGCCCAUGGCGAACAACGUGGCGUACACCUCGGGGAAGCUCAGCCUCCACACCGACUACCCGGCGCUGCACGCCGCACCCGGAGUGCAGUUGCUGCAUUGCAUCAGCAGCGCCGAGGAAGGGGGGGAGAGCGAGAUAGUGGACGGCUUCCACGCGGCCGAGCUGCUGCGGAGGGAAGACCCCGAGGCCUUCGGGACGCUGGCCUCGGUCCAGGUGGACUUCACCGACACGGGGACGGACUACUGCGACUUCAUGCUGCAGGCCAAGAAGAGCGUCAUCGAAGUGGACGCCGAGGGCCGCGUCCUGAGGAUAAACCUCAACAACGCCACCCGAGACUCGGUGCUGGACCUCCCGGUGGACCGGGUCCAGCCCUUCUACCGGGCUCUGAGGGCCUUCGUGGACCUCUUUAGUCGGCCGGAGAACACGGUGACCUACGGGCUGGCGGCAGGCGACGUGCUGACCUUCGAUAACUGGCGUCUGCUGCACAGCCGGCGUUCCUACCGGAGCCGGCCGGACCAGCCGCGCCACCUGGAGGGCGCCUACCUGGACUGGGACGAGGUGAUGUCCCGCCUCCGGAUCCUCCGCCAAUCGGUUCACGGGAACGCCUGAGCCGAGGAGGCGUGUCUUAAACGGCUUCAACCUGCGGGGUGAAUUUGAUCGUUUGCCCUUCCACGAUGAUUUAAACGGUCGGGCGACGGGCCGAGAGCUCCGACGGACGACGCUCAUGAAGGCAACGCAACGAUGUAAGAGCGUGGAGGCUUUUUCAUGUCUCCGUAUGUUUAGGUGAAGCCGACCAACGUAAAACAAACGGCAAUGAUUCAACGAUAAGAUGUAAAGCGCUCUACUUUUGGAUCAAGGUUUUAGGAAUUGUUCUGAUACAGCCACUGUGAUAUUGUGCAUUAUGAUAUAUAUAUAUUAUAUAUAAUUUUUAUAUAUAUAAUAUAUAGUAUA